AUGAAGACAUUGACCGGUCCCUGCAAGGGAACGACAGGAGUCCGCAGAAGUCUGGACCACCAAACAGCGUUCAGGUCGGGAGGUUCCUUCAGUCGCCGAGGGGACGAGGCGAUCAGCCGCGCAGGAGGGGCUCGCGGACCAAAGCGACCAAGGUGUGUUAUGCUUCGUUGUGCUGCCCUUCAACCCCGCUUUCUGUCAUCCAACGGUGCUUGGGUACCAGCAUUUGCGAAAGUCCACAUUCGACGACCUCGGACAACAUCAAUUGACGCCUCGCCACAGCAUCAGCUUGCAAUGUGUGCUGCCGCUGCAAGAACUGUGAAUCUGCUGGUGGUGACGUCCAAAGAUGCGCCUGAACUGGAGGUUCUGAAGGGCCUGCCGGACAAUGUCCACAUAAUGGCCACCGGGCGCACAAUGGAGGAGCUUGCCCACAUGGAGGGCCAAUGGGAUUCUGUGGAAGCCAUGCUGCUGUGUGGGCUGCUUAAAAACUUCACAACGAAAGACACACUGAAGGAACUCUUCUCAAAGGUGAAAAACCUGAAGUGGAUGCACGUGGCCACGGCGGGCGUAGACCACCUCCUGUUUCCGGAGCUCGUGGAGAGCGACGUCGCCCUGACCAACGCCCAGGGCGCCUACAGCCAUUCCCUGGCCGAGUACGCCAUCACGGCAUGCAACUGGUUCGCCAAGGACCUGCCGCGGAUGCGGGCGGCCCAGAAGGCCAAGAAGUGGGAUGUCUUCGACGUGGAGGAGCUGAGGGGCAGCACCAUGGGGGUGGUUGGCCUGGGGGACAUCGGCUCGGCGUGCGCACGGCUGGGAAGGGCCUUCAAGAUGAACGUGGUGGGACUCCGGAGGAACGUGCAGAUGUCGGAGGAGGAGCAACGAGAGGGGCUGGUGGACAAGAUUUACCCUCCUGAGGAACUGUGUUCGCUGAUGUCGACCUCCGAUUACGUCGUGGCCGCGCUACCGAUGACCCCCCACACGAACAAGUUCAUCAACAGGGAGGCCAUCCAGGCUAUGAAGCCCAAUGGCGUAUUCAUCAAUGUCGGUCGCGGAAAGACUGUGGAUGAACAGGCCCUUAUCGAAGCUCUCCAACAAAACGCCAUCCGAGGCGCGGGCUUGGACGUCUUUGAGACGGAGCCCCUGCCGGAAGACAGCCCGCUGUACACCCUGGACAACGUGUUGAUGUCCGCCCACUGCGCCGACAGGACGGCGAUGUUCCAGCACGACUCACUGGGGAUCUUCGUGGACAUCGCCAAGCAGUACGUUUCCACAGGCGAGCUAAGAAACGUCGUCGACAAGCGGAGUGGGUACUGA